GCGUGUCUUGGGAUGUCGUUCGACGUUGGUAGCAUUGUUUGUUUACAACAUCUUUGAAUUCUGCGAUUCGUAUCUUUGGCGUAUAAUUAAGCGGAAUAUUUACUAGCGGUAGCUUGUCACUCGCACAGUUUUAUACUCGCUCUUUGGCAAAUCGGUCUUUAGCAAAAGUGCACAUAAAGGUUUUACCGGUUUAUUGUAUCGUACUAAUAUAUAAUAAUCACAAUGGCUGAUGAAUACUUUUACGGUAUAACUUUAUCUGGAGCCGGCGCCACUGAAGUUUGGGAUCCCGAAACAAAAGCAGAGGAAUACCCAAGAACAAAUAAGCUUGUUUUAAGACAGGCUCUAUUAGGUCAUGAAGCUAAAGAAGGCGAAUACAAUGUCGUACAGGUUGAAACUAUGUCCAUUCGUGAUACCGUUAAGACCCCAGUAGCAGUUCUUAAAGUUGGUGAAUCUCGACAAUGCCGUUUGGAUUUAGAGUUUCCAGAUUACCCAGUUACAUUCACCUUGAUACAAGGAUCAGGACCUGUACAUUUACAUGGCCAGCACUUAUUUGGUGCCCUUGUUGAAGAAUUUGAAGACAUGGAUGAAAUGGAAGAAGAAUUGUUAGAUGAGGAGGAGGAUGAAGAUCAAGCUGUAAGUGAUGGUCCCAAAAAACGCAAAUCUGGAAAUAAGAGGGAACAUGAGGAUGAGGAUCAAGAAGAAGAAGAUGGACCCAAAAAGAAGGCUAAAUUAGCAAAUAAUGCAAAGGGUAAAGCUGGUGCACCAAAGAAUAAGAAGAAAUAAUUGAUUUAAAGUCGAAAUUCCAAUUUGUUGUACUUUAUAAGAGUAAAGCAAUUUCACUCACAUCUAUAAUGUGUAUACAUGUAUUACAUUUUUAUUUUAUUACCUUGGAAUAUUGACAUUUUGAAUGAAACAUUAGUAAUUUUGUUGUUUAAAUGCUCACCUAUUACAGUAAUAACUUGUAUGUAUGUUCUAAACCUUUUUAAAAUUUAGAAAUGUAACGAGUUAUGUGGAUAUUUGUGAUCUAUGCUGAAUGAUACUAUUUAGUGGACAAAAUUGCAGUUCUGCAUUAACCUUUUGGUGAGAAUCUUGCAAUCCAAUAUUGUGUAGUUUUAGUUUAUAAUGUACAUAUAAGCAACCUUAAUGUAAGCAUUAAUUUAAUCAAUAAAAUCUUUUCUAUAUCA